AUGCCAAUUAUUGACAUACAGGGCACCGCCCCUACCUCCGCCAGUACGCCGCCCCCUCCCUCCCUCCCUCCUCCAGUGCGCCUCCCCCCUCCCUCCGCCCGCCGUGCACCUCCCCCCUCCGUCCGCCAGUACGCCGCCCCCUCCCUCCGCCAGGGCGCCGCCCCCUCCCUCCCUCCCUCCGCCGUGUGCCUCCCCCCUCCCUCCGCCAGUGCGCCGCCCCCCCCCCCCCUCCCUCCCUCCCUCCGCCCGCGGAAGGGGACGAGGAGCCCGUCGAGCUCGAGAGCGCCGGCGCUGCCCCCGCCCCCGACGGGGAUCUUGUGGGCGACGGCGACGGCGACCGCCCGCCGUGCGCCUCCCCCCUCCGUCCGCCAGUACGCCGCCCCCUCCCUCUGCCAGGGCGCCGCCCCCUCCCUCUGCCAGUACGCCGUGCGCCUCCCCCCUCCCUCCACCAGUGCGCCGCCCCCUCCCUCCCUCCCUCCGACGGUCUGCCGACAGAGCUUCUGCAGGCACGGUGUCGCCGGCGUCGAGCGCUACUCCUCCUCACCCGUGUCGUGGCAGCCGGAAGCGGAGGCUGCUGCUGCUCUGCCGGCGUCGAGCUGCAUGUGCGGCGCCGAGGGGAAGUACAGCAGCGGAGGCUACUGCUGCUCUGCCGUCUGCGUCUCACUCCUCGCCACCGGUCCGGCGCGCCCCUCCCUCCCUCCGCCGCACUCCCUCCCUCCACCCGAUUCCGCGACUUCGCGGGAGCGCCGAGCCGUUACCGAGUGGGCCCUCGCACAGUGUUGCGGCCUCCCCUCGCCUCCGGUAAAUAUGCCGCUCCUCUCUCCUCUCCGAGCUGUCGCCGCAUCGCUGUAG